AUGUCGUCGCUUUCGAGUCUACCAAACGAAGUUCUCCUCCUAGUUGCGGAGCGUCUCGGCCCUAAGGAUGUCAAUUCGUUUCUUCAAACAAACCGGCGGUUCGCAGUUCUUUUCACUCAAUGCCUGCAUAAGCUUGCCCUUCAGGAUGUAGAUGAUUUCACAGCGCUCCAAUGGGCUGCGUGGAGUGGGCAUAAGUCCCUUGCGAGAUUGGUGCUUGCGAAAGGCGCAGAUAUCAACUACCUUCCACCUGCCGAGGAGGAAGAUAAAACCUGCAAGACGGCUCUUCAUCUUGCGUGCGAAAAUGGAGAUGAAGAAAUGGCUCAGCUCCUCUUAACGCACGGAGCCAACAUCUCAACCCAGAUCCCACCACGGGGGACGAUGUCGGGGACCACGGCGCUUCACAUGGCCGUUAAGAGUGGUUCCGAGAAUGUCGUUGCUACUAUGCUUUCACACGGGGCGAACCCAUCUGUGACGGAUAUCAAUGGGAAUUCACCGCUUAUCUGGGCAAUCGGGAGUGCUCAUGAGAAUAUAGGGAUAGCGAGGCUAUUGCUGGAGGGCGGGGCGGAUCUCUCCCUUACGCCAAAGGGAACAACACCUCUCCAUUGGGCGGCGAGAUUGGGGCAUGAUGGUAUGGUGAGGAUGUUGCUGGCGCACGGGGCAGAUUCUGGGAUUCAAGAUGCGACGGGGUUGACAGCCCGCGGGCGGGUUAUUGCGGACCCCGAUGUUUCCGAUGAUGAGACGAUCGAAGGGCGAAAGAGGGCCAUCAGAAUUCUAAUUGAGGAUGAAAGGAGAUCCGCAAUGUGUAAAGUUGCGCCAGAGGAGAUUUUGAGGCCCAUUAUUCAAUUCAUGCACAUAUGA